AUGCCUAAUGUCACUAACCCCACAGUCUCCUGCAACCGGUUUGCAUCGCUGACCUCGCAGGAGAAGCAGACCCUCAAGAUCCAGCUGAACAUAUCCGAGGAGAGUUUGCUGACCAUGAUCAACACAUACUUGAGGAAGAACUGCCCUCAGGAGUCAGACAUCUAUGAAAAGAUCCAGAAGUCUCUGUUACUGUACAUCCCUAUCAUAUUAGUAGUCAUUGGGACUUUUGGGAAUAUCUUCUCAUUUAUCGUACUGCGCCAGAAAGCCAUGAUGACGCUGUCAACUUACUUCUAUUUAGCAGCUCUUUCAUUGGCUGACACUGUUGUUUUGUAUUUUGGUUUAUUCCGUCUGUGGAUAUGGCAACUAACGGGCAUGGAUGUGCAGCAUUAUGCUGACUGGUCGUGUAAACUGGUGGCCGUGAUUGGUUACUCGGCCAGUGAUUUCUCCGUAUGGCUUAUCAUUGCCGUGACUGUGGAACGCUACAUUGUCGUCUGCCAUCCUCUGAAAGCCAGCGAACUGUGCAAUAUACCAAGAGCAAAGAUUGUCAUGGGCGCACUCUUCAUGCUGCUGCUGACCAUUAAUCUUCAUUUCUUUUGGACUGUUGAGUUGUCCACCUCAGAGUCGGACAUACCUAAGUGUGAUGGCGGCCCGCAGUAUAAACACUUGAUCACAGAAAUAUGGCCUUGGGUGGACGCAGUGAUUUACUCCUUUCUACCAUUUGGGACAAUUCUAAUUAUGAACUGUAUUAUAAUUCGUCAGGUGAUUCAUGCUCGCCGAAGUCGCGAAGAGCUUCAAAAUACAAGUCUAAAGGAGCGUCGUAGGACAACUCAAGAGUCUAGCAUUAAACUGACCAUAAUGCUUCUAACUGUGUCCUUCACAUUUGUACUUACAACACUACCUAUAAAUGUCUUCAUGAUUGCAAAGGCCUUUUUUCAGUCCUAUAGUGAACAAGACAUUGACGAAAAAGGUCGCAGAGAGGUCAUCCACACAAGUGCAAAACUUCUCAUGUAUCUUAAUCACUCGAUUAACUUUUUCCUAUACUGCGCAACAGGCCAGAAGUUUCGGCAUCAAGUCAAGCGAAUUUUGUGUCGGAGAUCAAAAACAUUUUUCUCCAAUUUUACACAAAUUCGUAACGGCAGAGAGAGCAUGGUCUGGAGCAGCACCAAGUACACAAACUGUCCGUCUAAGAUUGUUGCUGAUACCACAGACAUGAGCGAAAUGGAGAUGCAUCGUCUGCACCAAACACGCACCAAUCAGCAACAUCCUUAUGCCUGAAUG